UCCGCCCGGAUGCCGCUCGCUCAGAGCGGACGGGUGAAUGAACCGCGGGACCAAGAGGCGCCCGGCCCGGAGGCGGGAAAAGUCCCGCGGUGAUCCGGGCCGGGUCCCCAGACAUGCCCACGGGACCGCGGAGUACUUCAUUGUAAGGAAAAUGAACCCCAUCGCAAAGACAUCCCUUACUAGUAUGCCAAAAUCAGAUACUCCGCAUUUAAGAAAAGAACAUGAAGUAGACUCGUCAAGUACUAUCACAGCAAACCCUGUACUAACACCUAGAGAUAAAUCAGCUCUAACAAUACAGAAAGCUUGGAUAUCUUAUACCAACAAAGUGGUAUUUCAGCUUCUAAAGCACACAGUUUGUGCAGCGGAAUUCUAUGUGACACAUGAAAUCUUGAAGAAAGUAAGCCCCUCAGAGGCUGAGCUUAUUAAAGAUCGUAGCAUGAAACACAAAGUUCGAUUCAGAUUUAGUGGUGAAACAUUUCCACCUUACAUUGUGUUUAAAAUUUUUCUUCAUACCGAAGGCCAUGGUUACAAGUAUUUCAGCGGAAAAAAUUUGUUAAAGUCAUCAAUAGAGGCAGCAAGUGAUGUUUACAGACUGGUGGGGAAAAAGAAAUUUUUCAACCAAAUUAUGGAAGAUGAACGUCUUAACCAGAAGUUCAAAAUAUCUGAUGUAAUAGAUGUUAUCACCAUACGAGAUUAUAUGCAAUAUUCCAGUCUCCUAGAUGAGAUUCCUGCAUCUUCUGGUGGUAGAAACAAUUACUGGCGGAAAUUAACCCUUGAAAACAUUCCCAGGGCAACGUUAAUGUAUGACAUCGUUGAUUUUGUGCAGUCUGGAGUACUCUCAGCCCGUCUACGAAAAGAAAUCAAGUAUCUGUCACAGAGACCAAAAACAGAAGAGAUGCGUCAGCACCAGCUGCGGAUUGUUUCUGAAGUUAGGCAUUCUUCAUCUCUCGCACGAGUCCAAACUUUGUCUUGGUCCCAACAACAAGCUCAAGUUAAGCCUCUGCGCAGGCCAGGCAAGAAAGCUGAAGCGAAAAGUGAAAAAAUGAAAAACACAUCUAAGAUGGCUAAAGAAAAAAAUGCUCCUGCAGAGACUGAACAACAAGCGAAAACACCAAAGACGAAGAAACAACGGAAGGUUGUCUUCUCCACUCCAUCUUUUGACAUUGUGAAAAUUAAUGAACUGAGUUCAGACGAUGAAAUGGAAAAAGAAGAAAAACUAUUUUCCUGGUGUCAGGACAUGUACAUCAGUGAUUAAUUGUAUUAAUGCACAGCUAAUUGACAGAAAGCCAAGUUACUUAACAAUCUGCUUGUCUUUCUACAAAUGUGUAGCCUGUGUAUUAAAGGACAACAAGAUACCAGCAAGCCCCCAUGUACUCUUUUU